UGCACGUGUGUCGCAAAGAAACAGCACCGUACACAUACACAUAUAAAAUAGCGAUUUGGAUUAUUAAAAGAAAGAAUCUAUUGUAAGAAGAUGGGUAAAUCUAAGAAAGCAACUUCAGAGAAUGAGAUGGAUGAAAGCAUGGAUGCCUCUCUAGCUGCAGACGUCGAAGCUCCUCGUUUAUCUUACGAGGAACAGUUGCAAAAUGUAAGCGUUAUUGCCACUCCAAUGGCCCCCAAAAAACUGGCAAAGCGUUUAUACAAGCUAAUUAAAAAAGCUUCAGAACAAAAAACAUUUUUGCGCCAUGGUUUGAAAGAUGUUCAAGCAAGUAUCCGUAAAGGUGAAACUGGAAUUUGCGUAUUUGCCGGCGACGUUACACCGAUUGAAGUGAUGUGCCAUAUGCCUGCUGUAUGUGAAGAAAAAAAUAUUCCAUACGUCUAUACGCCGUCUAGAAAUGAUUUAGGUGCUGCUAUGGGAGUUAAGAGAAGCUGCCUCAUGGUUUUAAUCAGAGAACAUCCGGAUUUUAAGGACUUAUAUGACGAAUGUAUUUCCCGAAUUCAACCACUUACAAUAUCAAUGCUCAUGUGAGUAAUGUCUCAGUGUUCAGUCACAAACUCUUAAAUUUUCCAUUGUUAUAAAUUCUUUAAAUCAUUUAUCAUAAGCAGUUCAAAUUUCAGUGGACGGAAUAUGAUGGACACAUUUUAAAUUAUUUACUUCAAAUCAGAUUGACUUGUAAAAAAAAAAAAAAACCUUGUCCCAUAUGUAACACAAAAAAGAAAAAUAAGUCAUGGAAUUAAAACUGAAAGUUUAAGUACGGUUUAAUAAAUACUUUUCUU